GCUCAUGCAAUGCGGUGGGCUGAGGAGGUUGAGCUACUCCAUGAGGAAAUGCGAUGUGUUCUCAGGUUUUUUGAGUGGCAGGCCAACUGGUGGGUUGAGCAGGGGCAUUGGCAUACUGAGAUGGACAUAGAGUGUCUUGAGGGCAUCUGCACUUAUGCUACCAAGCAGGCAGGCAUU